AUGGCACCGAAGAAAGAACAAAAGAAGGAAGCAGUGAAAAUGUCUCCAGACCCUGAAGCUUCUAAAGAGCCAGACUUCGAGCCACGCAGCAUCAAGAUUGAAUUCAGUGCUGAUCAGAUUGUAGAAUUCAGAGAAGCCUUCCAGCUGUUCGACAGAAGUCCAGACAAUCAGAUGAAGAUCUUGUUUUCUCAGUGUGGAGAUGUGAUGAGAGCUCUGGGACAAAAUCCAACCAAUGCUGAAGUCCUCCGAGUGCUAGGACAGCCCAAACCUGAUGAAAUGGAAAUUAAAGUCCUGGACUUUGAGACCUUUCUGCCGAUGCUACAACAUGUGGCUCAGUCCAAAGACAAAGGGACAUACGAGGAUUUUGUAGAAGGCCUUAGAGUCUUCGAUAAAGAAGGAAAUGGGACAGUGAUGGGCGCUGAGCUAAGACAUGUUCUGGUCACUCUGGGAGAGAGGAUGACAGAGCGAGAAGUGGACCAGCUUCUGGCAGGACAGGAAGAAGCUAAUGGUUGUAUCAACUAUGAAGCUUUUGUGAAGCACAUCAUGGCUGGCUGA